AGAUGAGAAGAAACAUGUCAGUGUCUCAAAGGAUCCAUGCGUACGUGUGUAGAACAGCCCUUCUUGAUCACCAUUAAGUGAUAGCGUGGCUACAUGUAGUGAAGUUAUAUACUGGCCUGGUUGCCUUGAACUUUGGAGUAAGUGUCCACAACCCAACUUGGUUUGAAAUGGGAACAAACUUUGGUUGACAUACGGUAGUAUUACAUGAAUGAUGUAGGCAGGGACGAGUUACUGUGAUGGUAAGUAAUUGUGCAGGUGACUGGGUGUAUGUAGAGUGUGUGAAACGAUGUAUGCUUUGUUGCAUAUUUGAGGGAAAGGUUUUGUAGGUACAGAGAGGGUGUCACACCAUACAACUACGAUAACAUGUAUCACUUGAGUCUCACUGCUUUUCUUACUGAGCAAGCGGUUUUUGUGUCUGUCUGUCUUUCUUUGGCGCAUUCAUGGAGUUUGGAUAUUGUCAAACAAUCAGGGCAGGUAGAUGGCUAUGCAGCACUGAAGAGAGAAGAGAAAAAUGGAAAUACAAACAGCAGUUUUUGCUGAGUGGUUCAACACCCACAAUCAUCCCUCUAGUCUUUGAACAUUUUAGUUAGUGGGACGAGUCAGCAGAAAGGCAAAAGCUAUUGGAGAUACCAAAACAGCAGUAGAGUUUCUUACUGUGUGUCUGUCUGUCUGUCUGUUUCUCUGUCUGUCCGUUUUUUGUCUGUCUGUCCAUGUGUCUGUCUGUCUGUCUCUUUGUCUGUUUAUCUGUGUCUGUCUGUUUGUCUGUUUGUCUAUGUGUCUGUCUGUCUGUCUGUUUUGGUCUGUCUGUCUGUCUGUCUGUCUGUCAUGAUUUGGAUGAAUACAGAUACCAUCUUUUAAUUAACCUGUAAAUAUGGGGUGGACCUGUGUGGUCUCACAAUUCAGUCUUAAAUGGGUGGAGUGAGUGCCUGUCUGACCUACACCUUCCCCAUCAAACAGAACCAAGACAUCAAUACAUCAAUACUGAACACCGUCCAGACAUUACAAUGUUUGAUCCAAAUACUGGACAGAAUUUGCAUAUUGAUGUGUCCCUGGCUCAUCCAUGGAGUCAAGACAUUAUUAGAAGGGCUAGCAAGGAAAAUGGUCAUGCUGCUGCAACAAGAGAAGAAAAGGAAAUGAAAAAAUAUUCAGAAGAGCUUGUUCCAGGAGGAUAUGUAUCAAGAUGUGUUCCUCUUGUGAUAGAACAUUUGGGAGGUGGGGCACGAAGGCAGAGAAUUUUUGCAGCAUUUGUCACAACAGUCAGCAAAUCCAGAAGCCAAUUUUAAUGCUUCCAUGUUCAUGUCGUAUUGGAGAAAAAGAUUUUCUACAAUUCUGCAAAGAUGCAAUGCUAAAGUUAUCCUUAGAAAACUUUCAAAACUGUCACCUAAUCAUGGUGAUUUAGAUAGAUUAUUUGAUUUUGACAUUCAAAGUCAAGUCCAUUAGUUAAUGACUUUGUUGUUUGCAAGGACUGAUUUGUAUUUAAAUAAUCCUAGCAUAUGUACAAGUAGAAUCUGUAUGAGAAUAAAUUAUCUGUCUGUAUGUCUGUCUUUCUGCUUUGCAUGCCUGAUAGAAAGAGAGGGGAGGCAUUUGAGUGCCAUUCAUAUGUUUAGAUACUAUAGCUUCUGGUUGCAGUAUGCUAACAUGCCAUCAUGUGGUUACAGUUGUCUGUCUCUGAGCUGUUUUCACUUUCCAAAGAACUUGUGUCAAGUGAUAUCAGCAUUGAUCAUUUCCAUGAGGUCUUGUUGCAGUACAAGUAUGCGUGCUUUUUUCGUGAAAGACUAGAUGGCUCGCUCCGUGGAAUGGUAUUAAUUGAUCCUCAAAUGGGUUUAGUAAAAGAGGGUCGACGAUACAACUGUAUUAAGAUGGGUUUAGCCCUGUUUAAAAUGAAUUAUCGUGGCGGACCACUUGUAUACCUUGUGGCAGGUUAUCAUCUUCUUAAAGCUCUAAUCUUCUACCCUCAUAUGCCCUUGUAUGUGCUCUACAAAUGCUUUAGCUACAAGAGUUAUCUGCUCAGUUUACGUACAACAUCAAAUGUUUAUCCACGAUAUGAUGCAGAAACUCCUGAAUGGGAGAAAAGCAUUAUUGACGAGUUUGGGUACAGUUUCAAUAAUAAAGUUGAUACCUACAACCCAACCACAUGCGUCAUACACAGAGAAAAAUCAAGACUUAAGACACAUGUAGCACCGAUUACAUACGAAGAGUUGGAGAACCCGAACGUGCGAUAUUUUGUUGAGCAAAAUCCUUUCUGGGACAAAGGCCACUGCAUGGUUGUAUUAUGUCACAUCACAUGGAAAAGUAUUUUCAGUUUGCUAUUUCGUGCUAUCAGACGACAUAUUCGAGCAGCUACAGGCAGAAGGCGAUUGGAUAGUACAAGUCGUCAUCAUUACCAUAAGCAGCUAAGUCUGCAAGAAACCUUGGAACAAAGGCGUUAUUCACACAUUGAUCCUCUAUGGGGUGCGCAAACAAGUUCAAUAGACGAAUGGAUUCCACAGUCACCCGAUGACAUUGACGUGUCUCGUUUGGAAUUGCCAGACAAUUUCAAUUUCUGAUUGUGAAGAAGCAAUUAGCAUUGUGAUUUCUAUAACUUACUAGGCGUGUAAUACGCGUGCAAAAAACAGCAAAUAUACCAAGAAAUCAUUAGAUUUGUUGUUGUUGUUAUUGUUGUCUAUUUGCAAGUUUAUGUUAUUAGAAGCGUCCAAAAAUGAUGAUUUUGUAAAGGCUUACUUCUAGGAUUGAUCCAGUGAUCCAAACUUCAGUCUAAAUUCUUGCAUUUAAUUUUUUAUUACGUAACUACACUGCUGUACACGUUAAGCACUGGAAACGCGCGCAUUCAUUC